AUGACAAAAUCGGAGCCUGGAGGUGGGCGUCGGCGUCACCACUAUGGCGGACUGUUGAAUGCGUUAUCGGAAAGACAUGGGGAGGCUGUUUUGCGAGAGAAGCGGCCGAGUGGUGUGCCGAGCUGGAUGCGCGGGGAAGGCCGACGAGGAGAUAUGUUGUCGGAGUUGGUGGAUAAGGACUUGACUCUUACGGCGGCUGAGGUACAGGUCCUUCUUCAACAUGAAACCAGAGACCUAGACAAUGACCUCCGCCGGGUCCCGAUAGAAUUAAACUGUCCCCGACCACCGCGAACCACAGCCACUUGGGACGCUGCCCAUCACCCCACCUCUUUUCACGCACUUAUCAACCUGCUGCAACACAUUCCCCUCGAGCUCGACUACAUCCAACAGGCACUGGACCUCGACAGACCUGCAAUCAAGUGGGAAGGAUGCCCUCCUCUACCCCUCACAGGCCUGGAACCAAUAAGGGAACCAAUAAGGGAACCAAUAAGGGAACCAAUAAGGGAACCAAUAAGGGAACAAGCAGGUGAACCAAUAAGGGAACAGACAAGGGAACUGAAGCCAGCGGUCAUUGUCAACCCAGGCACUAGGACGGACGUUGAAACGGGGAGAGGACCGAGUCAACUUGCUCUUGCCGUCGACUCAACCCCACGGACAACUACGGAGCUGUUGUGGAGAAUCAUCUUCGGCGUGGCACGAUUGUUGAGAAAAUCCAAUCAGAGUCAACACGGUCUCUCUCGACCAACAAGGACAAACCUGGCCGCGGAAGAAGCCGCCACACAGGCGAAUCAGACCGGCGCAGCGCCGGCGCUACAUCUCGAAGUUAGGGACGUGAUUAUGACCGAAGAGACUGCAGAGUUGGUCCGAAUUGUAGGUAACGCGAUCCGCUGCUUGCACCGGUUCAACCACUGCGAAGUGUCCAAUAUUCUCAUCGCCAUUGCGCAUGCGUUGGGUACGUUGCCCCGAGCUUCUUUGGAGUUCACGGCCGCCUUCACUGACCUGUUUAUCAAGUGCAUCGUUGAUGCCCUGGAGCCCUCCCAGCAGAACCUAGACUACCGAGCUGGCGGAAUUGAAGGUGAGCAUCGUGGCGACCAGAAAAACGGAGUUGAAGGUUCGCGAGCUGGAGAUCUCAGGGGCGGAGAGCCCAAGGGCGGAGAUUCCGGCUGGCUGCGGCAUCACGGUCGCUUCCGACUGGGGACGGAGUUUGUCGCCUGUGGCAUUUUGACCCACUUCAAACUCCCGCACCAUUGGCUGCGAAAGCUGGCGCAGUUGCCCACCCGCACUCAGGCUUACUUGCUGUGGCGUAUGUGGGUACUCAUGGCAACCAUUGAGGCGAAACACCAGGCCAAAUCAGACGUAUCUGCUUUGUUAGUGAAGACGCGGCGCGUGCUGAGCGGCAAACCCAAGGAGUACCCAGCCGUCUUCCCGUCCUGGGACUCUGCUGUCGCUCUACUCGGCUCUAAUGCUAAAGUCUUCUGCACUGCCGCCGAAUAUUUCGACAUCAGUGUGCCCGGACGCGCGCCUGCGUGCGCGCACACGCGUGUGCACACACAUUUGGUGGGGGACGCACAUCCGAUUCUGGAUACAGUUGCAGCAGAUGCUUUCGACCGGUGGCUAGUGAAUGAGAUAAGCGACUCCGCAGUGCUGCGAGGUCAGGAGCUGGAGCAGGUGCGCCGAUACAGCCGGCUCAUUGGAGUUUGCGUCAUGCUGACCAAGGCCAACCGAAUUCAAACUCCCGUCGCUUUUCUCUACGCCGGAAGCCACCGGAAUCCGGUUCUGCUUACCCUUGCGCUGCGCUGGAGGAAGAAAGCGGCUACCAACUUGCUGCUUCACGACUUGCAAACCAUUUUCGAGUGCUUUCCGGAUGAUGACGACGCUUUCCGGAUCUGCCAGGAGCUACAGCCAACGGUUGUCGCCAGCUCCUGCAAAAUCCACACCGUGAAGCUGCCGAGCUCUGUGCCGCCACUGCCUGUUCGCGGCGAUGACAAGCAGCAAAAGACAGGCGGCGAGAAUGCUGACAGGACGGAUAGCGCGGGAAGGAGUAAAAAUGGCACGGAAGGUCACGCGGACGAGGGUAAUGAAGCAAAGGCUGUUGACACAAGAGGCGGCGAUGCAGAGGGUGGUGAUGGAAAGGGAAAUUCGCAUUCGGGGCGGCAUGGCGGGUCUCAACGAGUAUCGUUGGCCGUGGUCUCUGCCUUUGUGGCGCAGGCUCUGCCCAGUCCGGAGUCGGCGGCGCAGUUGUUCAAGUUCCUGCCUGCAGUGCGGCCGCGGCUGCAGUCGCACUUUGCGAUCGAUUGCACGCGACACCACAGCCGGCCCUCGCGCCACGAGAGCUCGCGCGGGCUUAGGGCUUUGUGCAGAGCCUCCAACUGCAGAGCAUCGAGCUGCAGAGCAUCGGGCUGCAGAGCAUCGAGCUGCAGAGCAUCGAGCUGCAGAGCAUCAGGAAGAGCAUCGAGCUGUGGAGCCUCGGGGUGCAGAGGGGGGGGAUACGGCCGUGGAGGGAGUCUUGGUCGCGGGUCGAGUUGCGACGCGGGCGGUCGCUCGCGGAGCGCGGACUCGGCGGACGAGAGCGAGGGAGCGUGUGCGGCAAGGUCGGUCUGCGACUGCCGGCAACGGAGUCCUCGUGCUGGGCCGAUUCCGGAUUCGUCGGCGGACCCCGUCAAGUGGGUUUUGUGCGGUCGUGGUCGUCAGGGCUGGGCGCUAGUCCACGGGCUGCUCUUGGAGCAGGGUCUCUGCGAGCGUCUGAUUCUGUCCGACUCCACCGAAGCUGCUGGUGCGCUCCUGAUUGAGUACUGCCGCGACCUCAAGGCAGCCAAGCACGUGUUCUGCGCACUCCCGACGCAAGCGGCCUGGCUGCUGCGCCAGUGCGAUGCCUGGCUGACCGUCCACAGGCACCUGCUCGCCGACGUUUGGGGCUGGGAGCCCGUCUGGCGGCUGGUGGACACCGUCCCAGACGCCGAGGCCGCGGACGGCGACUCGCCACCCCAGUACGACUUUUAUGGCGGCCCCGCCGACAGGUCCGGGGGCCCGGCCGCCUCGUCUAGCGCACAGCCGUCUGCUGCGCAGCCGUCAGGUGUGCUGCACUCGGUCUCGGCGCAGGAACGCGAGGGGUUGCACCAGAAGCGGCAAAUGUUGGCCAAGACGAGCACCUUGGACGAAGGCGACCCUUUACGUGAGUGGGACAACAACUUGCCUGAGGAGCAGCCGCGGCGCCGCACUGGACGGACGAACGCGUUCGACGCGCGCGGCGUGGUUCGCUACACCAGCCUUACGCUGGUCCGCGAAAUGUGUGCGCUCGUUGCGGCUUUGACGCGAGGCACGCGCCGCCAGGUCCACGACCCGCUCUUCAACCUGGCCCUCGUCGCCCUGGCCGCCUUCUCCGGCUGCAACGCGCACACUGGUGACGUCGAGUACACCCUGGAGCCCCCCGCCGACGCCCCUACGCUCUGGCUCCACGACCUGCUGUGUCAGCAAACACUGUGGCUAGCCAACCUCUACAAGCUCUACUUGAACGCGGUGCAGCCCAACAGGCAUAAGAAGACCAACUCACCAAAAGACCUCUACAUCGACU